CUUUACUUUAAACAUGAAGAUCGCAAUAUUUGGAUUUGUUUUGUUUAUUGUUAUUGUAAACGCUACAAGCAGUCCAGUAGCAGAGGCACCAGAAGAACUCAGUAGGGACAAGAGAUUCACCUGCGAAAACGUAUUGAAUAAUCUUCAGAAUGGACCAUCCAAACUAAAUGAAGCCUAUUGUGCGUCUCGUUGCAUUUUGAAUAACUAUCAGGGAGAAUGGUGCGAUCAAAAUAAACGUUAUACUGGAUUUAUAAGAUAUUGAUAUAUAUGGAUAUAUUUGACUUUUAAAUUCUCUCAUCUACAACAAAAUGUCUGAGACAUUUAUCUAUAUAUUUAAAUAUAUUAUUUAUUAGAGGGAG